AUGAUUAAACUAUUAUUUAUAAUACAAAAUCUAUUCAUUUUAACUGCAUUGUUUGGAAAUUUAUUAUCACUUAUUGGAACAUUAUUUCCAAUCAAUCCAUAUCGUAAUAAUUUUCAUCUUUUCCAUUAUUCAUAUCUACGACAAUCAAAUUUAUUUACCGAAAUACGUUUAUCAAAUGAUUAUUUUCGUUAUUAUUUAAGCUAUUUAUUUAUUAUUUAUUUAUCAUUAUUUAGUCAUCUUUUAUUUGUUACAUUGAAUACAUCAUCACUUUCAACAUCAAUAUUUUUCAUUUUAGUUUGUAUUUAUCCGGCUGUUAUUGUUUUAUCAUUAUGUUUAGCUGUUUCAAGAUUAUUUCAAAAAAUAUUUAAUUGUUAUAAAUAUUAUCAAAAUAUUCUGGCUAUUUAUCAAUCCAAAAUAUUAUUAUUUCAAUAUAAAUUAAAAAUACUUUCAACAUUAGAUUUGAUUGAGCAUCAAACAAUUGGUUUUUCAUUUAUCGAUUCUACUUAUAUUCAAUAUAAUACUAUAAUUAGUAUUAUAUUUAUAACUACAACAUUAUUUUUACAAAUUAUGAAUGUUAUGUGA